UGCUGCCGCCGCCGCCGCCGCUGCCCUUUGAUCCCUGCAUUAGUGUUAGUUAGGGGCUCGGAGACACGCAGGGAGCAGCCACAGACACCGCCGCACCAGCCCUCCUUUUUGACACCGCGUAUGAGCACCCACUCUCCAUUAGAGCCCAUUAGAGCCAUUCCCAUUGACGAAUAUCGCGACCGGGGACAAGCCAGGUGCACGACCGGGGGGUGGGGGAGAAAGGGAAAAAAGAGAGGGGGAGAGGGAGGGCAAGGGGGAAAAAAAGAAAGAGGGGAGAAAAAUCCCUCUUCUCCUUGGCUUCGGGGGGAAAGCCGCUUGCCCAGAGAAGAACCCCAGCCUCUCCUGGGCAGCCACCCUUGGCCCCUGCCUCUGCCCCUCCGGGUCUUUUUCUAUUUUUUUUAUUUGAUCUCCCAUUAAACCAAGGAGGAGAAUGUGAAAAGGGGGGAAAAUGCCCAGGAGGAAACAGGAGCAACCCAAGCGCCUCUCUUCACAUGGUACUAGACAAGAAGAAGCAGAAGGUGAACUUAGUGAGGAAGAACACUGGUUUGGGAACUCUUCAGAAACCCCAUCAGAAGCAUCCUAUGGAGAAGUUCAGGAGAACUUCAAAUUAUCCUUUGAGGAUAGGAUCCAAGAACAAUCUACAUCUCCAGACACUUCCUUGGGGAGUGCAACUCCUAGCAAUAACACACUGGAGCUGGCAGCAGUUGAGAAUGAUGCUAUAAGGGAUGUGCUGCAGAAUAAGGAACACCUAUCCCCUGGUGUGUCUUCCAUUUGUGAAGAUGACACUCCUGGCUCCAACAAGCCACUUAGUAGUAACCUGAGACGUCUGCUGGAGGCUGGUUCUCUCAAGCUAGACACUAGUGUCCCAGUUAACGGCAGGGUUGAGUCCCCUGUAAAUCUUGCCUCAAAUAUCUCCUUUUCACCUACGCAUCAUGCUCAGCAGCUAAGUGUCCUUGCUAGAAAGCUUGCUGAGAAACAGGAACAAAACGACCAAUAUGGUGGAAACAAUAGCCGCUUUAUAUGGAAUCAAGGCAAAUGGUUGCCCAACUCAGCACCCUCCUGUAGUUUGUCUCCCGAUUCAGCUAUUCUAAAAUUGAAAGCCGCAGCCAACGCAGUUCUUCAGGACAAGUCACUUUCCCGGACUGAAGACCCUAUAAGGUUUGAAUCCUUUUCUUCACCGUUCAGUUCACAGUCGGCAAGCUCCACCUUAGCUGCAUUAUCAAAGAAAGUCAGUGAAAGAAGCAUGACUCCUGGGCAGGACCACCCACCGCCAGCUAGUUCUUUUCUUUCUCUCGCCUCAAUGACUUCUUCAGCAGCUUUACUCAAGGAGGUCGCUGCAAGAGCUGCAGGCAGUCUGUUGGUGGAGAAGAAAAAGUCACUGGUUGCGGACGAUCCCCUGCAGCUUUCAGACAUGAAGCAAGAGAAAGUAACUCCACCACAGUCUUUGGAAUUGUUGUUACUCCCGGCCCCUAAAGGAAGGGCUUCUAAAAAUACCAAUCCAGCCUCAGAAGAAGAAGGUGGGAAACCUUUCCAGUGCCCAAUCUGUGGCCUAGUUAUAAAAAGGAAGAGCUACUGGAAACGACACAUGGUGAUUCAUACAGGCUUAAAAAGUCAUCAGUGCCCUUUGUGUCCAUUUCGCUGUGCGCGCAAGGACAAUCUCAAAUCACACAUGAAGGUUCACCAACACCAGGAUCGGGGAGAGACCUUUCAGUGUCAGCUUUGCCCGUUUACCUCGUCUCGCCACUUCAGCCUGAAACUCCACAUGCGUUGCCAUCAACACUUCCUGAGGACAGAAGCCAAAGUGAAGGAAGAGAUCCAAGAAACGGAUGUCAAGAUGUCACCUCAGCUAAAUGAUGACUCCAGGAUGGGACAGCAGGGGGAGGGGGCGGCUGACAGUGCAGGGAUUGCUGCUACAUCAAGAACACCUGAGAAAAGUGGACAAACAGGUGCUGCCAUCCCACCUCUGCUGGUGAAAGAAGAGCCCAAAGAUGAUAACAGCACUCCUUCACCAUCAUUUGCUCUUAGUGUUGUUGAUAGACUUGGCAACAAUACAAAGCUAAAAGACUCCAUUGACUUUGUGACCAACACAGCGUCAGCACUUUUUAGCCAGGACAUUUCUGUCAAAAUGGCAUCUGAUUUUCUCAUGAAGCUCUCAGCUGCAAAUCAAAAAGAACCUUUGACUCCUAUAUUUAAAGUGAAAGAUGAACCUAAGGAUGAAGAAAAUAACAGCUCUACUUUGCCUCAGUCCAGCUAUGGAUUCACCCAUGAACCUGAAACUUCUGCCCCAAGCAUUCCUGAGGAGAGUCUCAAACCACUGGAAGUGCCAGCAAAUGUAUUACAACAGGACAUGUCAGUCAAAGCGGCGUCUGAACUUCUCAUGAAACUAUCAGCUGAAAGUUACAAGGAAUCCCAGAUAGUAAAGAUUAAAGAAGAACCAAUGGAAGUUGAUAUUCAUAAUUCCCAAGCCUCUCCUUCACCCAGCCAAAACAUCAGUUAUAGCACUUUACUCAGGCAAGAGAUAUCUGAACAUAUACAAAAAAUACCAGAAGGCCGAGUACUCCCUGAGAGAAAUCUCUUCAGCCAAGAUAUAUCAGUGAAGAUGGCUUCCGAGCUGCUUUUUCAAUUGUCAGAAAAGGUAAGCAAAGAGCACAAUCACUCUAAAGACAACACCAUCACAGCUACAACUAGCCCUUUUUUUCCUGAAGAUACAUUUAGACAAUCACCAUUCACUUCUAACUCAAAAGACCUCCUAUCUAAUGAGAUUGCUGUUCAGGGGAGGACACCAGUAUCAGAAACAGAGACGAUAGGGCUGGAGGCUGGAAAUGGGUUGCCAUCUUGGAAAUUCAAUGACCAGCUCUUUCCCUGUGAUGUGUGUGGAAAAGUGUUUGGCCGACAGCAGACGUUGUCCCGACAUCUCUCCCUGCACACAGAAGAGAGAAAAUACAAAUGCCAUUUGUGCCCCUAUGCUGCUAAGUGCCGUGCUAACCUGAACCAGCACCUGACUGUCCAUUCCGUGAAGCUGGUGAGUACAGACACUGAGGACAUUGUCAGCGCUGUCACUUCCGAAGGCAGUGAUGGAAAGAAGCACCCUUAUUACUACAGUUGUCAUGUGUGUGGAUUUGAAACCGAGAUGAAUGUCCAGUUUGUCAGUCAUAUGUCGCUUCAUGUGGAUAAAGAACAGUGGAUGUUUUCUAUUUGCUGCACAGCCUGUGAUUUUGUUACCAUGGAGGAGUCAGACAUGAAGGCUCACGUUGCCACCAAGCAUGCAGGUGAAGAGAGGAAGACACCCAGUGACUCAAACAGCCCUUCCUCCUCCUCCUUGUCAGCACUGAGCGAUUCCGCCAACAGCAAAGACGAUGUCGAGAUCAGCCCCAAACCCAAGGGUUCAAACAACCUGUUAGUUAUUUCCGUAGUGCCUGGUAGUCAGACCUUGUUAAGCACGGAGGAGAAGUCAGAGAAAGGUUUUGAAUGUGUUUUCUGUAACUUUGUCUGCAAAACAAAAAACAUGUUUGAGCGCCAUUUGCAAAUCCAUCUGAUCACACGGAUGUUUGAAUGUGAUGUGUGCCACAAGUUCAUGAAGACUCCUGAGCAAUUACUGGAGCACAAGAAAUGCCACACUGUCCCCACCGGUGGGCUCAAGUGCCCGUUCUGCAUUUAUUCCACAAAUCGUCCAGCAGCAAUGGAAUGCCAUUUGAAGACCCACUACAAAAUGGAGUACAAGUGCCGGAUCUGCCAAGCAGUGAAAGCCAAUCAGCUGGAGCUGGAAAUGCACAUUCGGGAGCAUCGCCUCGGUAACCAUUACAAGUGCGACCAGUGUGGCUAUCUGUCAAAGACAGCCAACAAGCUGAUAGAGCAUGUGCGUGUGCACACUGGGGAGCGCCCUUUUCACUGUGACCAGUGCAGCUACAGCUGCAAACGCAAAGACAAUCUCAACCUGCACAAGAAGCUCAAGCAUGCUCCGCGCCAGACUUUCAGCUGUGAAGAGUGCCUCUUCAAGACCACCCACCCGUUUGUCUUCAGCCGCCACGUGAAGAAACACCACAACGGGGACUGCUCCGAAGAGGAGAAAAAGGGCCAGGGGGCCACCUCCAAGGAAGCCGGCUCUCUCCUGGUCGCCAACAGUUCCCGAAGCCUCUUAUCGCCUCUCUCAGUGAUGUCCGCUUCCCAGGCUCUGCAGACAGUGGCCAUGUCGGCUGCUCACGGCGGUGGGGCCGAGCCAAACAUGGCGCUUAAGGCCUUGGCCGUCAAUGGCACUUCCCUGUGUUUUGACAAAUAUCGAAACUCUGAAUUUGCCCACCUAAUUCCUUUGACCAUGUUUUCCCCCAAGAACCACUUUGAUAUCACAUUCCACCCUCCCAGGCCACAGACUGUAUGUCUGGGUGACUGUUCGCCGAAGCACUCCUUCCUUGCCUACCUGGGACUAACAGAAAGGGCAGAAACUGUCUGAAGACAGCCACGUUCUGUACCAAAAAUACUCCCUCUCCCACAACAGACAUCCAGAAGGUAUAUGCAUUGCUGUAAACCAUGCCCCCAAGAGGUAUGACUGGCUGAAUAUUUGUACUAUAGAUCAUUAGUAGUAAGGUACAGACAAACAACCCCAACAAACCCUGGCUGCGUGUGUCUCCUUCAUGCACUGGCAUGAAGGCCGCUUUAUUAAAAUCUUCAGAGAGGUGACCUCCUACAUACUUCUACCUUCAGAGGCAUGUUCCCAGUACUCUUAUCUAACAAACUCUUUUGUCUUGUUUAAGCUGAACAAGAGUGUCCUUAAUGGCAAAAGAUGACGUAUUGAAGCGUUUUCCUUUGGAUUGGUGUGUGUGAGCGUGCCGAAAGGAAGCCUGUCUGCCGUGUGCCAUGACAUUGCUUUUGCACAUCUUUUUUUGUACUUUAUUCAGUAGGAACACAUGAAGCUGCCUUAUGCUGAGUCAGACAGCUGGUUCGCCUGGGCUCGUGUUGUCUACUCUUGACCGGCAGCGGCUCUUCAGGGCCCAGGAGUGGGGGUCUAAGGCCAGCACUUGCUUUCAGAGCUUCUUUAACCAGAGAAGGCAGGGGCUGAGGAUGGGACUUUUAGACAUGCAAAGCAUGUGCUCUGCCAGUGAUUUGUGACCCCCCACCCUUUGUUAUCAUUAUUGCAAUUCUCCAUGUUCACUUCCUUGCCCACUUCUCUUUAUUUCACAGUUUUAGGAAACAACAGCUCUUAGUCUGAGAAGAAGGGGCACGCCAGGCACUCAUGUUUGGGAGUGCAGCAUAUAGUUGCUGCCUUGGUCUCGGGAGAUGGAAUUACUUGGAAUCCUGCAAAACAAGGUGCUUUUCAUGUAUUACAUUUUUCCUUCCUGGAGCCAAUGUCCACGUGAGCAAAUGCAUGCACACUCUACUAUUUGGUCUUUUUUUGGCUGUGUUUGCAAAUUGGGUUCCUGCUAUGUGCAUAUGCAUUGCUCAGAAUUUGCACUCCUGCCACCCUGAAAAUGUCACAACGAACACACGUGGACAUUACCCCCGCACAGGAAAAAUGCGAAGUAGCCCUGAACCUGUUAUAGCAGUGACCCACAUGAGGGUAUGGACAAACCUGCAAACGGGAAUUGUGUUUCGUGCACCAAAUGGUCAGUUUCUUUCCUUAUGUUCAUGUAAUUCAGGGCCACGUCUUACAGUUCCUUUUGUAUUUAAGUACAGAUAUCAGACUACAAAUGCAUAUUCCAAGAAUCAGUUUUAAAGGUAACACAUGCACUGCAUUGAAAUUGCUCUUUUCUUAAUAUACCGUUUUGAUGCAAGAGCCCAACAUUCCUCUGUCUGAUUUGCCAAGAAAAAAAUAAUAAUUUAAAGUUGCAGCGCUGCAUUUUGCAGCUGAUGCAAAGAAGUACAACAGGAUAUUUUAAGAAGGAGCCUUCUAGUCCGGUUCCAAUCAUGGUAUAUUAUCAACCACACAUAUUCUCAAAGUGUAUCAAUGCAGUGUUUAACUUAGUUUGCAAGAGUGUACAAGUAAAAUUCUGUGGUGAUUAAAUCCAGGAAAGGGGAUUUUAAAAGGAAAAGUUUGAUAAAUUCUGGGUGUAAUUGCUCAGACUAAAUAAAGGCAGGUUUUGCACAGUGCUGGAGUCUUGCACUAGUAUGUUUCUCACUUGCAAAGAAAAGUAAGAAAAGAAAGUGUAGAAGAUGCUAAUGUUUCUUUUGUGAACUGAAGAAAUAUCAGAUUGUAUAUUUGAAAAGUUAACAGUGCAUUCUUUUAAAUGAAAAGACAAAAAGGUGCUGUUUAAUCAGUAUGGUUCUCUUUUAUACGCCCAACUUUUCAGCUGUAUUUUCAAAUUUUGAGUCUCUAUAUACAUUACCCUUCAUGUUAUUUGUAAUCCUUUAUAUUAUUUUGUUAAUGCCUACUCGAGUAUACCUUUCUAGGAAGCUAACUUUGUAUUUCCUUAAAGCUCUCACUUUGUUGUCAUUAAAAUGACAUAACUAUUGCACUUUAUUGCAGUAAGAAGCAAAUGUGGCAUUCCUAUUAGAAGAUCUAAGUCAAUUGAUAACUUUUUCCCCACCGAUUAUUUUUUUCUCCUCACUCAUGCACUGAUGUUUAUUGUACAUCACAUCCAGUUUCUGCCACUAAACACAUGUGGGAAGGAAUCCAAGUCUGUAUAUAUGUUACAAUACUAGAAACUGUUUACAGUGGAGGAUGAGAAGGAAGAAUCCCUAAUGAGUUACAACAUUAAAGCAAAAUAACUUUAAUGUUGAUUAAAUAACUUUAAUCAAGGUAAUGAGCUCAUGCAGGAAUAUAGUCAGCAUGUUGCUUCACCUGGCUAAUGUAUUACAGUUAAAUGUCAUUGUUUGAGUUGUUCCUAAUGCAUCUUGUUAAUUGCUCUUGUCUUGAUUAAAACUGCUUUUUGGUACUCAUCCUAGGAGUUUCUCUGCUGGCAAAUUGUUGCUUAGCAUAAAGUCCAGUGAAGUGUCAUUACUUGAGACCUUACAGGGGAAUUCUGCCCCCAGGUAUGAUGGCAUAGCAGGGCCCAUCAGUAGUCACCCAUCCAUGAUGUGGCAGAGCAUCAUCAUGCAAAUUCUGCUUCCUGGCAAAGGGAUAGGUAGAGAAGAGGUCUAUGGUGGAGGGAGGGCUGGUGACCCCUCAGCUGCACAGCACAGCAUCCAAAGGGAAUAGCAGCCAUGGCAGGCCUACCUAAGUCAGAUGCCACUGUGAACUGUGUCAAUGCAGUGAGCUGCUGUUCUGCAUAACACCGCAGACCUGACCUACUUCCUUUUUCCAGAAUGCUGCUACAACUAGAUUGGCAGACACUCAAACGGCCACAUUUCCUAUCUAUCUAUGUGGUUUUUGGAUAUAAUCUUGAUUCAUUAACUGCAGUCUUGCAACUGAGUGGAAUCGGCUCAGUUGCAUCCUUUGCUAGGAAUUUUAAGAGAAGAAGGAUUUAUCCACUAGGAAGCUAUUUACAAUUAGCGUUUUUCAAAAAUAAAAAGAGUUCAGGGCCUAGCAAUUACUAUAAUUAACUAAAUGCACUCAAGAUGUUUCUGGUUGACUCUCUAAACGAUAAAGGAGAAAAUACUAACUAGUUUGCCAGCAGGUAAGCUACACACACAUAGGAAUGUUAAAGGAAGAUGUUCCAUAACCCAAACUCAAAGAGUGGUGGAGUCUCCUUCUUUGGAGGUUUUUAAACAGAGACUGGAUAAUCGAAUGUCAGGAGUGCUUUGAUUGUGUGUUCCUGCAUGGCAGGGGGUUGGACUUGAUUGCCCUUGUGGUCUCUUCCAACUCUAUGAUUCUAUGAUUCAAACAAAUGGUGCAAUAUACAUAGGAACGUCAAGCAAUGGGAGUAUUAUGAUGCUGUAAGCAACUUAAUGCCUUGGGUUUAACCAUUUUCCUUUGUAUUUUGUCUGUCAUAGUUAUGCUUAAUGUAAUUGGGCAGCUUUAUUUAGCACUUUGGACACUGAAAUUUCUGGAAAGUUAGUUAUACAUGACUUAUGAGUGAGAAAGAGAAUGCGUCUGGAGGUGUUUUUAUUUUUUUAAGAAAAAAUAUACAGUAUUUAUAAGGCCCUCGCAUAUACGGCAAUUGACGCUAAAGAAAGGAAUGCUCUCUAUAGAUACCCUUUGCUUGUUUCACAUUUCUGAUGGAUUCUGUCAGGACGCUCACUUUAUAUCUCCUUUUCCCGCUAUGCAUUCUUUAAAAUAGACCGGUUUCAUUGGUUUCACAUUUUCCAUUCAGUAAUUUGGUUUCUACCUUUCAGCACUUUUCUUGCUUCCUUCUCUCCUUUCUAACUUGCUGUAUCAUAUUCAAAUAUCACACUGUCAAGGUUUGUGUACAUUAAUGGAAAUUUGUAUUGUAUAAAGCUUUUUUUUGCAUUAUAAGGCUGUACAGGGUCAUUUUGACAGUAACUGGUAUAUUUCUUUGCAUCUUACGUUGCAUUGCCAAUUUCUAGUGUAUCCAGUUUGGAAGUAUAUAUACUCUAAUUAAAAACAAAGUUGGCUA